CACAGUUAAACCAGGGGAACUAUCGGAAACACUGCAGAAUCAGAAGAGAAAAUAGACAUUUUUCUAUAUUUGAUCCUGUGACUGCAGUGUCACUGCGAGCAUUGUGUUUGAUUCCUAAAGCGUAAAGAAAAAAAAGGAAUUUUAGUUAGUAACGGAAUCUUUAAAAAAAUAUAUAAUUCCUCCGAAGAAAGGACAUUUUACCUGGAAAAAGGGGGAGAUCAGGAAGCAUUCAAAAACAUAAGUAGUAUUUUGAAAAUUAAUUUAGGACAGUUUUGUUAAGACACACCAUGUCAUGUCUUGUUUCACUCUGUGUUUCACUUUGGCUGGUUGCGCUUGCCGCCAGGACAAGUGCAUCAUCAGAUGAAGACAUCAACGUGUUGGUGGUGCUGCCUGAGAACAACUCCUAUGCCUUCUCCAUCUCAAGAGUUAAACCCGCCAUAGAGUACGCAAAACAGGGUAUUAAAUCCAGAGGAGGGCAGUUCUCCCAACUCAACUUUAACACUAAGUAUGUGAAUUCAGAGUGCGGCAACAAUGCGCUCUUCGCGUUAGUAGACGAGGCGUGCGAUGCGAGGCCGGACCUGAUCUUGGGUCCCGUGUGCGAGUAUGCGGCCGCUGGGGUGUCUAGGGUGGCAUCACAUUGGAACAUCCCGAUGAUCUCAGCAGGUGCCCUGGCCGUCGCCUUCGACAAUAAAAAGCCAGAGUACAUGCAUCUGACUCGAAUAGCCCCAAGUUACACGAAGAUGUCCGAAACGUUUUCUUCUCUGUUUGAACAUUUCGAAUGGAAGAACGCGAUGCUUAUCUUUGACGAUGACAAAGAGGAGAGGAACUGUUACUUUACGAUGGAGGGGGUCUACAAAAUUCUUUCGGCGGAGAGUUACACCAUUGACUAUCACCAUAUACACUCAAAGGAGGAGAGACUCUAUGCUGAUGAAAUCGUCAAAGCCAUACACAGCGAAGUUGUCGUGAUUUGUGCAAAUGGUGACAUUGUGCGGGAAAUCAUGUUAGCAGCCCACCGACGGAGACUGACCAAUGGCAGUUACAUUUUCUUCAACAUCGACCUCUUCAACUCAACUGCAUAUGGAAAUGGCUCGUGGAGGAGAGGCGACAAAUAUGACAAUGAAGCCCGGGCAGCUUACAGAGUCCUGAACACAGUCACCUUGCUGAGGACUGUCAAGCCCGAAUUUGAGAACUUCACCAUUGAGCUGAAGAAGUCGGUCCAAAAGCAAGGGAUUCACGACUGUAAAGACUGCGAUAAUGUCAAUAUGUUCAUGGAGGGCUUCCAUGAUGCUCUGCUGCUUUAUGCCAUUGCACUGCACGAGGCCAAGAAGAGUGGCUACAGCAAGAAAGAUGGUGGCCAGAUCACACACCACAUGUGGAACAGAACAUUUGAAGGCAUUACUGGCCAGGUGUCUAUAGACUUCAAUGGUGACAGAGAAGGAGAUUUCUCAGUCAUGUCAAUGACUGAUUAUGAAGCAGGAACCUAUGAGACCGUGUUGAACUACUAUGGGAUCGACAGAAGCUUCCAUCCACUACUGCCCGCCAGUGACAAGUUCCACUUGCAUGAAAAGCACCGGACUGUUACCACCCAGACAGACACCGUUCAUGCCGACAUGUCAUCAUCAGGUGGACUAGGGGUAUCGGCAGUAACUGGUAUCAUAGUCGGCGCACUUCUUGGCACAGCCUUACUGAUGGCAUUCUAUUUCUUCAGGAAGAAUUACAGGAUAACCAUCGAGCGACGGACGCAACGUGAGGAGUGCAAUGCUGGAAAGCACCGGCAGCUUCGAGAGGAUUCCAUCAGGUCAAACUUCUCUACGGCGUAGAGCGACAUCUCACUCACC